GUGGGAUAUAUCCACGGUCAUUUUUUCCCGGGUCUACAUUUGCAACUUUUUUUUUCUUCUCUUACAUUUCCCUCCAAGGAAACUAAAACCACCACAACCAGACAACGAAGUCGCAUUAUAAUUAAUUUUCAAGAGCAAUUCAGUCAGAUAACACACAACUUCGUCGAGAAUCAUGCCUUCGGCCGUCGCUGAGCUGUAAAUUCCCACUACGGGACAUGUCUGGAUUGCUCCUAGGCAUGUCCCGUAGUCCAGCAGUUCACCGAGAUAUUCAAUCAUAAUUCGACAAUUCUCUCGACGAAGUUAUACAGACUUUCACUGUCUUGUGUGCCCUUUCUAACUAAAAAGGUACCUCCCGGAAGUCUGAAUACCCAUCAGAAUUACUGCGCAUAUCGCCCACUCAUUGCGGGCCUUGACGACUUGACUUCGAUUUUAGUGACGACGAUACACUUCCCCCCUCCACCCUCUCUCCUCCCAAUUGCAGUAUACUCUGUCCCACAUUCCUUGCAGCAGUAUACGCAAGACCCAGACGCUUGAUCGACUCAAGGGUCCGUCUUUGGAAUCGAGAAUACAUCGACUAUUCUCGAGUACCGAUUCAGGCUUCACCGCCGUUUACCUCGAUCUUCUUCAGCCCCGAGUCCGGGGGUGGAUCCCGUGUAGACCCCUGCAUCCCUCACAUAUCACACGAUUGGCACGCAUUACAAUGUCCCGUAACGUGCGGCAACAAAGACCCCCGACUACUCCCGUCAAGGGCAAUAAGCGACGUGGCUCCGAUGCGUCGUCGUCGCUUGACCUAUCCGAUGAGGGCGGAUAUUCCGGAGUGGACGACAUCAGCGACUCGGAAGAUGACGAUGAGGAGGAUGUAAAUGCGGCCGAGGAGGAGCAUAUUCUUUCCGACGAGCUGCAGCAAAUCAUUCGCAGUUCUAUCUCUCCUCGGCCGCAUGAGAGUGAAGAUGAACAGGAGGAGGAGGAAGAGGAAGAUGACGAUGACGAGGAGGAUGAUUACGAAGGGGACGAUGAUGAUGCAGAUGAGAAUGCCAGUUGGGACGGUAUCUCGUCAGAAGCAGACGCCGACGAGCUUGGUAAUGAUCAAGGAUAUACAAGCACAGAACGCCGUGUCCGUUUUGACAUCCCUGAGGACUCGUCAGACGGCGAUUCAACAGAAACCGACGACGAUAUUGAUCACGGUUUCUUCCCUGAUCUAUUCGUCGACAAAAGCAUCCUAGACCCUUCUUUUCGGCGAGAGAUUGAGCAUGAUCCAGACCCUUACGACUCAUCUAAUUCGGAGGCAUUUUGGGACCAUUAUGGCCAUGGUACCACUCCAUGGCUUGAAAGCGGCGUCGAUGACACAGCCUCUGAUUAUGAGGCUUUGAUCAGAUCCAUGGAAGAGGAUGACAGCACACCUGUCGCUACCCCUAUGACAAGCCAUGAGCUUUCAACUGCUAUGAACAGCUCAGUUGAUUCGUCCGAAAACGACGAGGUCUCCCUGGACGGAUAUCAAACUGAUGGGGAUACUACCGACGAGGAAGAUCCGCCUGAGAAACCUGUUCGACGUAAGACUCGACGGGAAGUUAUGGAUGACUCUUCCGACUCGGACGUCGUUACACUAAUCCGACCCCGUCGUGGCCAACCACGUAUUGGUCGUUUCAACUUAGAUAAAUCCAGCAAGAAGCCUAUCGCUAUCCUAAACCCAAGGACUGGCAAGAUGAUGAUUUUCACUCAUCAGUGUAUGAGAGGAAGAGGCUUUGAUCUCUCUCCUGAGCAGUUCAAUUUCCAAUAUUUCGAGCAAGCUCCGUCAACCCCUAUCCUCAGCAAUCCAGGCAAUAUCAUGAUGAGUGGCAUGAUCUCCUCUAGUACAUAUGGAGAUUUCAUGAACACUCACACUGUCGGCCCUGCUGAAGCCUGGUAUUCCCAAGCAUCCGACGGAAAUGCGGUUGAGUCCUCUGACUCUGAAGACCAAGUUGUCGAUGAGGCAGAGAAGAGUCUCAAGUUGGAAGAUUUCAUCACUCUAGAUGACGAUGAAGAAGAGGAGGAAUCGUCUGAAGGCGAGAAGGGCCUCGAGCACGACGAAGGCGACGAUCAAAUAUUUUUUACCCCUAACCGCACGCCAGGCCGCCCGAAUACCGCGUCCAGUGAUGUAACUUCCCUUCUCGAACAUUUCGAACACAACACCGACAUCGUCGGUGCAUUCCGUCGAGACCAGGCGAAUCACCGAUUAAUCAGCCGCAGCAAAGCUACUCGUGAUUCGCUCGCAUUCUCCGGCCCCUAUUAUGAAGGUACGCUUCGCGGCAUUAAGGAUGGACGCAUCGCUACUACCAACGUUCCCAUUUCCCCUAUGCGAAAACAGAAGAAGAUGAUGCCGGAGCUUACCAGCAGUCCCCUCGCGACAAUGUCGCAAAAGAGAAAGGCAUCGUCGGAGCACCAUCUGGGUCAUAAACGACAGAGGAGCAUUCCAGACGUAGAUCUCCUCAAAAUCUAACCCUUUAAUACAACAAGACCCCUCGCCCGACUGCCCCUCUACCAAAUACGACGAUGGACGGUGUGGCCUAUUCCCAUAGGUCAUUUCCUGGCCAUUCAAAUCACACAUUGCAAAACUCUGCGUAUUUCCUAUUAUGAGUCUAACUGAUUCCCUUUGCUUUCAAUUCAACCAACCACACCCAUUUGCCCCCCAAACGAUCCCCCAAUAGCACUUUGUCAUCCUCCAAUUCUUACUUAAUUGGCAUUUUGAUAAGGCAGACGUGGCCACGUUUCGAGACGUAUAACAACUCCCGUCCACGACCCUGCCUUUGAGUACAUCUGAUAGAAAUUUCUUGAACGUACCGCCAUAAUCAAAACUUCGAGAACCAAAGAGCUCAGGAACUAUGGAUUUUGUUCAAAUUUCCUUGAUGUGGCAAUUGAGCAGAUCACAUUCGGGCCGGAUAAUUUCUAAUGCAUAUUAAAACAGCUGUGGGACGAAAUGUUUCGCAUCUGUAGCAAUAGGGGGGCAAUGUCUGCUGGGAUAUUUACGAGAUAAAUCGUGUUCGUAACCAUGCCGAAAGGUAUGAUUGCUUUCAUGAGUCUCAUCCCAAUUUAGGAGACGACGCUAUUCGCGGUCUCAUGUUAUUUCAUAGCAAACUCAAUAAAAAGCUGAUUUCCUCA